AUUUUAUGGAUUGGAUGGAUGAUGUUCCCCCUGCUCUAUGGAGGAAAACAUUCCUCGGCCAGUAGCUUUGUCAACAUUGGAAUUUGGUGGAUUUCUUCUUCUCUCUUCUGAUCUUUUCUCCGGCCACCGGACGUACUGAGCCCUGUCGUUCAUCAAUCGUCUUCCUCCAUCCUAACAAUGAUCGGAAUUUACUGACCCAAAAUUCCCUGACCUGUUAAAGAAAAAGUUGGAGAGAAAUGAAGCUCUCUCUCAAUCUCCCAGAUGAUGACAACAAUGGCAAUCCUAUCCUAAAAGCCAAAUUACCCAUUUCAAUAUUCAAUCAGCCUUUCACUUCUAUCUUCACCACUGCUACAAAUUCAUUUUCAGACCUCCAAUUCUCUGUUUCCACCAAUUUUCCUUCAGGUCCUUCUCUCAAACUCUCCUACUCUCCACCCACCACCACCACCACUCCAUUUUCUCCUAUCUCUGUAUCUCUCAAGUCAGGUUUAGGCCUCUUUGGCUCUCCUCAUAAUUCGCCUUUGGUUUUCUCUGCCCAUUUCUCCCUCUCUACUGCAAACCCCAUUGCCAUUAUCCCGACUUUCUCCCUCCACUUUAAGCCCCAACUUGGCGAUUUCUCUCUUCACAAAAGCACUGCUUCCUCUUCAGACCCUAACCCUGAUUCUGAUUCUGGUACCCACUUGGUGGAUGUAUCCCAUCUGGAUUCUAGCUCAUCUUCAAAUUUGGAGUUUGGAAAUGUAUAUGUCCCAGACCCAGCUGGGUCAAUGGGUUGGCAGGAAGUGAAAUUGGAGCCAUGUACUGGCAAAGAAAAAGUAGGGUUUGCAAACGAUAACCCAAGUGAUAUUGAUGGGGUUUAUGCUCAUAAUGGAGGAAUAGGCUUUUUGCCUGACAGGCAUUUGGUGUCGGGAGAUAGAAAGAAAGGUGGAUUUACGAGCGGAGUUGCUGUCAAGGCAAGGACAGUGGUUCCGUUAAGCAAAAGGUUAAAGGUGAAUUUGAGGUGGGGUGUGAAUUUGCCAGGUGAUAUGGGACUAAAGAUGCCUUAUUUGACUGUCAAUAAGAUUGGGGUGGAGAGGAUUGAGGAGGUGAAGGAAACAAAAGAAAAGAGCAACGAGAAUAAUAAGGGUGAUUUGGAGUUGUUGAAGGGAAUGUGUUUUUGGAUGAGAAGGGAUUUGGAGAUAAUAGAAAAGGAAAAUAGGGACAUGAAGCAGAUUUUGGAGGACAUGAGAUCAGGAGUCUCGACGAGGAAUUUACGACGAGAGAGUACUGGUGUUGGGAAGAAUUUGGUGCCAGCUUCAAGUGAUAGGUUGGGGGAGUUUAGGCAGUGGAAGAGUAAAAAAAGUGAUGAAGCUAUUGGGCAAACAGAAUUGAAGAAGCCUGCAAAUCCGGUUACUGAUUUGGAAAGUGAGUUGCAGAAGGCUAUAAAAGCUGCUGCUUCUUAACAAGGAUAGGAUCAUUACAGGAUGAAGAACAAUCAAUGUAAAAGUCACUUUGUCCUUCAGGAUCCCACAGUUGUGGAAAGGGUGUGUGAGUAGCUUGUCUUUCAAUAUCCCACAUCGAUUGUGGAAAGGGUGUGUGAGUGGCUUAUAUGGAUACAAGAACUCUAUUAAUAAAAUAGACGUUUAUUCCCGUUAUUAAGCCAUUUGUAUUUUUAUCUAUAUUAAAAAAAGAAUAACUGUAAACGCGUCAGUGUGGUGAUAUUGCUACAUCUAGACAUAUAAGGCAGCAUUAGUAUGAUAUUUACAAUUUGGGCACCUGAUUCGUUUGCUUUA